AUGGAAAGGACAAACAGCGAUACACUCAAGACAAAGGUCUACAAAACAGAUCAGGACAGUUUCAAAUUGUGUAGAACCCUGAGAAUGACAUCAAAAUUUCUUCACCGCUUUUACAACGACAUUGAUUUUCUGAAAGGCCCCUUGCACGAUUUUCGGGAAAUUACCAAUGCAGAGUACAUCCGGAGUCACCCUCAGGUUGUUCCAGGUCAGCAUAUUGACGCUCUGCAACGAAGACUUGCACCAGAAUCGAUUUGCGGAUGUGAGAAAAGCAACGACAGAAGCGACACCGACAACGAGGAAGGAUACUGGAGGUGUAUAUUGGAGGAUGGUGACUGCUCUUUCCUAGAAGCACUCGAUCCACACUUUCAGAUACCCGUUCAGCUGGAUGAUAUACCUUGGUCAUUAGUGGCCAACGCAACUUACAUCCCUUGGUGCUGCACGGAGCCUUACACCUGCUACCCCCAACACCUGGCCUGUCUCUUUGGCCACAAGGAUCUGGCCAGAGUGAUGUUCGAGGAGAAGGCAGCUGACGUUCAUGCCAGGGACAGCCAAGAAAACACUACCCUUAUGCUGGCCGCUGCCUCGGGCUCUGCCAUGACCAUGGUUUCCCUCCUUUUGCUUCUGUGUCAGGACGAAGACGACCGAAAGAAGUUAGUGACCGCCCAGAACAAGGACGGACUCACGGCCCUUCACUUCGCGGCUCUGAGCGAUGACCCGCAGGUCGUGGAGCUGCUGGUGGAUGUGGGGGCUGAUGUCGAUGCUGGGCAGUUCACCACUUUGCAGAAGCGACACUUCGCCUUGACUCCAUUGCACUUUGCCCUCGUCAGAGCCACGCGUCCUGCUGUAAGCAUUGCAAAAAUGUUGGUGAAGUCAGGAGCGGACCUCAACUUGGAGGCAGCCAAAGUCAACAGCACGUUGCCAUGCGCGAUGUUCGUUAGAGAGUGUUCCUGUGGGAUUUACUUGUGUCUGGGAAUUUACCUAGUACCCCAUCUGCUGCUUCCCUCAUACGGAACUUCGUACGAUGGUGAGAUCAACAGCGUGGGGACUGCUUUUCACCUGGCAGUUAAACGCAGCGUUGACCUUUCUGAUAUACUCUCGGAAAAGCAGAAGAGACUGGUGCUGAACGUACCCGACCAUUGGGGGUACCUGCCUCUUCAUUCAGCUGUCAAGAACCUCGACCAGAAGGCUAUAAAGUUCCUCCUCAGCUUGGAUGCUGACGUCAACGCCAAGGUGACUGAAGCGCGUAGAACGGCUCUUCACAUCCUCUUUAAUUUCCAGUUAGUGACAUUCUAUUGCAUCUUCUGCUGCAACACACUGAAGCCUAGCCUCCGCUUUAAAAGCUGCGUGUCCCUUCUGCUUCAGCAACCUUCGGUGAAUGUGCACUCAAGAGAUUCGCUUGGAAAAACCCCGCUGCAUUUUGCUUGCGAGCGUGGGCACUAUGCCUUUAUUGAGCAGCUGGUCGCUUGCGGGGCCAACGUCCUGGUCGAGGACAGACAGGGCAGACCGCCGCUGUUUUUGGCCGCGCGGCCCCCAGACAGGUCUGUCCGUGAAAAGCUCGUGGACGUUCUUCUGAGAUGUGGAGCUGCCCUCUCGUGUCUGAAUACGCCCUUUGACCUUUCUCCAGUGCAAGUGUUUUACGGCCGCUAUGACGUGGCCAUUCUUUUAAAGCUGUACCGCCUCGGGGCCAUGUCCACCCAAAAUCUGAAGAGAAUGCUUUAUAGCAUUAAAUAUAGCAUGAGGAACUUUACUGUAGGAGUGUCUAAACAACGCAAGAAAAUAGUUCGCGCGGCGAUGGCUGCGUUACAACAGGAAGGAUUGAAUCCACUCUCACUGUAUGCUCAAAGCAUCAUCUGUGUGUCGAAGUAUAUAAAGGCUGGGUCACCACAAAGCAGGAGGGAGGCGUUCAUGAGUUUGGAAUUGGACCACUUCACGCUGUCGACCAUGCAAGAUCUUUGCCUAAUGUAG